AUGAGCCCAUCUAUCCCACAGGUUGGCUGGUACGGCCUUGGAUCUAUGGGCCUUGGCAUGUCGUUGAACCUCCAGAGGUACCUUCAAGCAAAGAACCUGCCCCCGCUUCGAUACAGCAACAGAACAAUCUCCAAGGGAGAUAUUCUUCGCGAUGCAGGGGCUGUGCCAGAAGAAUUCGAUGCACUGGUUCAGAAAUCCAAUGUAAUUUUCACAAUGAUCUCCACCGAUGAUGUAUUGAUGGAUCUAUUAGAGAAGGCUUCCACCAUGGGGAACUCUCUAAAGGGUAAAAUCUUCGUUGACACAUCUACUAUUCACCCAGACACGUCUGAGUGGGCAGCGAAACGUCUCAAAGAGCAUGGUGCGACAUUCAUUGCAGCACCAGUGUUUGGCGCAAGCCCAGUCGCAGCCGCUGGCAAGCUCAUAUUCGCUGUUGCUGGUCCUGUUACAGUAGUGGAAACAAUCAGACCUCUUAUCAUGAAUGUUAUGGGACGCAGCAUUAUUGAAAUGGGAGAAGACGUGCGCAAAUCGAGUCUCCUCAAAAUCUCAGGGAACAUCCUUGUCAUCAGCUUCAUGGAGGUCAUUGCUGAAGCACAGGUCUUUGCCGAGGUAGCAGGAAUCGGCACUGAGCAGAUGGAAGACUUUAUUGGAAAUAUGUUCGGGUCCGUAUUGCAAAGUUACAGCAAACGAAUUACGAGUGGAGCUUAUGCACCUCCUUUGGACACAGCGCCUGGGUUUGCGGCGGCUCUUGCAUGCAAGGACAUGAAGCACGCUCUAUCUAUUGCCGACAGUCAUAAGGUCCGCCUACACACGCUUGAAACGGCUUCCAAACGGCUAAAUACUGCACGCGAGUAUGCUGGCGAGAACUUAGAUAGCUCCGCUAUCUAUGGCACUGCUCGUCAAGAGGCGGGGCUGUCAUUCUGGAGUGCGAAGAGUCGGCAACAGAGCGAAUCCUCUUAG